GUUCGCCCUUUGGGAAGACCGGGAAGGACACGUUUGUUAGGAGGGUUGUACAUACGCGAAACCAUGGGUGACAGAUCGAGUGUCGCUCUGACAAUGUUAUCAGACAAGUUCCUCCGUCGUCCUUCCGAUUGGAAGGAUGUCUCAGCAGCAGCAGGUGGUGGCUCUGCUGCACAGGUCAAUUCGCAGCCUCCGAAGCCUCCAGCAGCUUCACGCCUACCUCCUUAAAUCCGGUCUCGACUCCCACCAGCUGCCCCUCAGCCGCCUCCUCCUCCUCCUCUUGACCUCUUCUUCCUCCCUCUCUUACGCCUGCUCCAUCUAUCGCCAUUCCCGGACACGCAACCUUUUCAUGGCGAACACCAUCAUCAGAGGCCACUCUCAGUCCGACAACCCCCAUGUCGCUGUCCUAGUCUACAUGGACUUGCUCAAACAAGGCGGCCAGGGCAACAACUUCACCUUCCCGCCGCUGAUCAAGGCCUCCGUACGAUCAGACCCCGCCGGAAAGCUCGGCCGCCAGGUUCAUGCCCACGUCGUCGUGUCCGGUGCCGUCAACGAUUCUGAUGUCUUUGUUCGGAGUGCGCUCGUUCAGAUGUACUCGUCGAAUCUCGAUAUGGCCGCUGCUCGCAAACUGUUUGAUGGAAGCUCCGCGAGGGAUGUUGUGCUUUGGACGGCGAUGAUCGAUGGGUAUGCAAGGAAUAACGACAUCGUUGCAGCUCGUCAAUUGUUUGAUGAAAUGCCUGAGCGGACCACGGUGUCUUGGAGUGCGAUGAUUGCGGGUUAUGUGAGGGUGGGCAUGUUCAUGGAGGCGCUGGGGCUUUUUCAAAGGAUGCAAUUUGUUGGCACAGAACCGAACGAAUCUAUAGUUGUAAGCGUGCUGUCUGCAUGCGCCCACCUAGGGGCGCUGGCUCAGGGUCGUUGGCUUCAUGCAUACAUUGCAAGGAUGGGCAUGGAACCUAAUGUCUUCAUUGGAACCGCGCUAAUCGAUAUGUAUUCCAAGUGUGGAUGCAUCGAUCAGGCAUUGUUGGUCUUCGAGGGGAUGCUGGAGAAGGAUGUGAAAUCAUGGAAUUGUAUCAUCACUGCACUUGCAAUGAAUGGGGAUGCCCGGAGGGCACUUGAGUUUUUCUCUGAUAUGCAGAAAUCAGGAGUGCGACCAAACAACGUAACGUUUAUUGCUGUACUCAGCUCAUGUGCUCAUGCAGGCCUAGUUGAAGAUGGUUGUCACUGCUUUGAUCUUAUGGUAAAUGUUUACCAGAUUGAUGCCAAGCCUGAACAUUAUGCAUGUAUGGUUGACCUCCUGGGUCGAGCUGGUUAUCUUAAUGAAGCAGAAAAGUUUGCAAAUGCUUCAGCUCAACCUGAUAUCAAUAUCUGGGGAGCUUUAUUGGGUGCUUGCAGGAUACAUGGAAAGGUUGAAAUUGGAGAUCGGGUUCGUAAGCGGAUGGCACAAUUCGGAAUGAAUGACUGUGGUUCUCGUGUACUUUUGUACAAUUUGUACAAGUCAGCUGGCUGGCUAGCAGAUGCUAAUAGCGUUAGGAAAUCCAUUGAUGACAAAGGGUUGACGAAGGUACCGGGCUGUAGUUUUAUAGAAGUGAAUGGGAAAAUCCAGGAAUUUCUUGCUGGAAAUUCAUUGCAUCCUUGUUCUACAGAAACUCUUGAGAUGCUUGAAAUAAUGGCGAGAACCCUGAUAAUGGAGGGUGGCUAGAUUCCCCUAAAUACAGAUGCCAUCAUACUGAGGUGUGGAACACUGUCAAGAAGAAGCUAGAGAAAAUGAGGCAGCGAUAAAAUGGAAGAUACAUUAUCAAAUUUGCUUGAAGAUAUGGAAUUAGCAACGUUUGAAUGCCUUGCCUCUGCGAUUCUGGGGCUGAUGUGAGGCCCCAAGAAUCUCAAAAGCAGUGAUCUGAAAAUGGAUGGCGGUGGUCCAGUUCACAGACUCGACCAUCCUUCCAGUUCACAGACUCGACCAUCCUUCUUUAGAGAGCAUCUGAAACAGUUGGACGAUCU